GCUUUUCUUUGAUGCUUUUCCUAAUCUGCUCCCUUUUAGAGCAUGCUUAGAUUGGGGGUAAUGGAUCAGAGGAGUAAUAAAAGCCAAACCACCUUAAUAAAAGGAAAAUUACGGUGGUGGGUAACUAUUAUUGAGUAAUGAUUUAAGAGAGUAAACAAAAAAAUUAUGUGUUAUUGUUGAAGGUCAUUUAUAUGAUUGUUAUUGUGAUAUGUGAGUGAUUUAUUGUGAUUUGUGUAAGUAUAUCUUCUCAUAGAAGCUGUUUAGUAGGCGGUAAUAAAUGCUCUUAACGAUAUCAAGAUCGCAUGGAUGGGGAUGUAGUGUGGAAAUAAGUGCAUAAUAAGGAAGUGUCAAAACUUUAGCAUAGUGGAAGGCUUUCUGUUAGUUUGCAAGUUCUCUGGUCCUCCAAAAUAAGCCGCCACAAAUGUUUAAUGAUUUUGAAUUCAAUACUAUAUAGUAUAAUAUCUUACAGAUGUAGCAUUGACGUUCUUUUGUGUGGAUUCCAUGAAUCUUCUUAGUAUUAAGGUGACAGUGACCUGGCUAGUGACAUCCAUCUUAGGUAAGAUGUCUUUUGUUGACUUUCCCACUAUUUCUGAAUUAGGUGGCUCUGUUAAGUUGCUUCUUUUCUAUAAUUAUGGCAAAUUAUGUAUGCUGUCCAUUUUAUGCUCAAUAAGCUUUGGGAACAAUGAUGUUUCAUCACUUGUUUCAAUUCAUCACAAUAGUUGUAUCUUUGUGGGUGCAACCGUUGCAGAUAAUAGUGGCAUCUUCAUCACCAAUGACGGCUGAUCCACCCAUUGCAAAACCUGGUUGUCAGGACAUCUGUGGGAAUGUGAGCAUCCAGUACCCUUUUGGAAUAGGGGACAAUUGCUACCACAGCCUACCAUAUGCGGUUGUUUGCAAUGCCUCUAAGAUGCCUCCGAAACUUUUUCUGAGUAAAUUGAAUCUCGAGGUUACAGACAUAAGUCUAGAGACUUUGGAUAAACACACUAUUGUUGUGAAAACUCCGAUGCAGAGGACCUGCAGCACCAAAGAUGUAAAUAUAAGCAGCAUUGACCUUAGCGGAACUCCUUACAUGUUCUCAGGUGAGUUCAAUGCUCUUAUUGUAGGUGGUUGUGGAAGUAGCACCCUCUUGUUAGAUGGAAGCAAUAAGAUCUUAGGUGGGUGUACCACAGUUUGUGAUAGGAGUCAUACGAUAACGAAUAGCUGCAUUGGUCGUGGGUGUUGCAGCAUUGAUCUUCCUGCUUCACUUAAUUUUUAUCGUGUAAACAUUUUUAACUUUGGUAGUGGUGCCGUUAAUUGCACAAAUACCAUGUUGAUAAAUAGGACCUCAUCGAUUAUAAACGAGGUUGUCAAUCCAAGUUUGUCCAAGUUUGCAUUAGUCCUAACUGUACUGGAAUGGAAGCCCGGAAACAUAACAAUGCCUGCUGAUGACCCGAACAAGUAUUGUCGAGGUCCUCCAGAUGAUUAUGAUUGUUACUGCAGAUAUGGAACUUAUGGGAAUCCUUAUCUUCCUUAUGGUUGCCAAGUCCCAAGAGAUUGUAAGGAAUGCAAAUUAGGGUGCACCAAAGACUGAGAUCUUUAUCGCUGUGUUAGAAACUUUCCUGUAAAGUCUAAUACGCGGCUGAUCCUUUUGAUUCUUCUUGGUGGUUCAAUCGUUGGCUUGAUGCUAUGUACUGGCAACAUAAGCUGCAUAUACCUCUGUAUUAAGGAAAGGAAGCAUAUGAAGUUGAAGGAGAAGUUCUUCCAUCAAAAUGGCGGUUUUUUGUUGAAUCAACGGCUUUCUUUAAACCAAGGCAGCAAUGAUUCAACCAAGAUAUUUACUACUCAAGAGUUGAGGGAAGCCACAAACAAUUACAGCAAGCAUAACAUUUUAGGACGAGGUGGUUUUGGUACGGUCUAUAAGGGAAUUUUACCAAAUAACCAAGUAGUUGCGAUUAAAAAAUCCAUGGUAACUGACCAGGGUCAAGUCGAGCAAUUCAUCAAUGAGGUAGUCAUCCUAACCCAGACCAACCACAGAAACGUGGUGAAACUCUUAGGAUGUUGCUUGGAGACUGAAGUGCCCUUGUUAGUUUAUGAAUAUGUUCCUAAUGGAAAUCUCUUUGAACACAUACACAAUGAUGGUGCACAUUGGAUCUCGUGGGAGAAUUGUUUAAGAAUUGCAACUGAGGCUGCUAACGCGAUUGCUUAUCUUCACUCUGCAGCCCCGAUACCCAUUAUCCAUAGAGAUAUCAAAUCAUCCAACAUUCUUUUAGAUAAUAACCUCACAGCAAAAAUAGCAGAUUUUGGGGUCUCAAGAUUAGUUCCAAUUGAUCAAACUCAAGUUACCACUCUAGUUCAAGGAACUUUUGGGUAUCUUGAUCCAGAGUACUUUCUGACGAGUCAUCUGUCUGAAAAGAGUGAUGUUUACAGCUUUGGUGUAGUUCUUGUUGAACUAUUAACGCGAAGAAAACCAAUACUAUGGGAGACUGGACUUGAAGAUAGAAACUUAGCGAUGCAUUUCAUUAGUUCAAUAAAGAACAAGCAGCUUUUUGAUAUCCUUGAGCCUCAACUCAUGAAGGAAGCAUCUAAAGAGCAGCUUUUAACAAUUGCAAAUCUUGUAGAGCAAUGCCUUAAUGUUAAAGGAGAAGAUCGGCCAUCUAUGAAGGAUGUUGCAAGGGUGUUAGAAGGAUUUAAUAAGCAGGCUAACCACUAUCAGUCUAAUCAAGAUAAUAAUGAGAGCCAAUAUGGCUUGUUAAGUGAACAUAGGCCUUUCCACCCUUUCCAAGAUCCAAAUUCGUCUCGCCUUGUGAACUAUGAGAAAGAUUUGAUUGUUGAGAUGUGUUCCCCGCGUUAGCUGGUGACGUAAUUUCCUGUCAUCCAGAUUGUCAAUCAGUUUCAAGACUAGGAGUAAGAUGAACUAAUCCCAUUUGACCUAUCUGAGGUGGUAAUUCAACUUUUGUCGAAGAAGAGCACCGAGAUUAUAUGUGCUCUCCUGGGCUCUAUGAAUAUGGUUUUCCUGCAGGAUGCAGAGAACUGUUCACUGUCAGAAAUUCCCCAGAACACAGAAGAAUGCCAUUCCGGAUUUCUGUGCAGAAUACGUGAUCCCUUUGGAGGUUAGAUUAUGUUGCACUUAUGUAGCUUGCUUUGUUUACUGUUUUCUUCCACUGUUCUUGACUGACUGUUUCUUCAAUAUUUUGUAGUGUGUCUUGUUCUCUUGCUAUUACAGCAGAGCUUUUUCAUUGAUCAUUAGUGCCUUAAUUCGCGGUAA